AUGAGCCUUCUAGGAGACAUCCUGGUCGAGGUUAUCAAUAUCACCGACAAGUUCCCUGAGGAGACAAAACGUGAAAUGGAGAUGGAACAAAUUUCAAAGAUCUUGACCCAUCAGGAGCCUACAUACCUGAACAGAUUUGUCGGGAUACGCAAAACCCUGGAAAUGAAUAGACAAUUAGUCCUUCAGGCGGAAAAAGGAGGAGCUAUAGUGAUACUUGACAAGACAGGACCACAUAUCAUAUGCUAA